AUGGACGCCGAAAGUGACUUUUUUGAAAAGAAGUUUGAAGGUUAUGAAACUGCUUUGGAUCCCGAUAACCUCAGCCUUCUUUCCAACUUGAAAUUUCGUAGAACAAAAAAGGAUUUCUCUGACAAGCAUUGUGAGCACUUUACGAUAUCUAAGUUCGUGCCGUAUGUCGCAAAAAUCACAACAGACGAAAAGUGGAAGAAAGCCACUUCCGAUCUCAGCGACGGAACGCUAAAGGCAAGUUUAUCUAUUAUAUUUAAGCCUUUAUUAGUAUAUAAAGAUAGGGAAGGAGUUGGGCUACGUCUUCAAGCACAAAGUGAAGAAGUAAAAUCGUUUUGGAUAAGUAUUGAAACAGAAAAAAUCGAAAAAGAGAAUAAAUUAUUGGAGCUGAAAAUAAAGCAAGCUGAAAUUCAAUUUUCUGUUGAUCGAACUUUGAUGGGGAAUGAGGCUCAUAGAAUAUUCGACCAGAAAAAAAUAGAUUAUGCCUUGAACUCAAAUGAGAAUAGUAUCGGAAAGCACUCAGCAGAUGAUGAAGGUAUGGAAGAUGCACGUUCAUACAAACAUCGACGUGGAGAAGAUGAUGAACCACCACGAACCCCAGAAGACCAGAUUACAUUCGAAGAAGAGUCCUCUACCUCGGCCAUGUCCUACAUCCCAGCCAAUCCAGUAGAGUCUUUUACUUCAAAAGAUCCGGUAAUCGAUACAAAGGACGAAGACAUCGCAAAUAUAGACAAAUUGGAAGAUAGUGCGAUUUUUUGCUUCUCGUCGGAUAUUGAAGAAAUCUUAUCUCUUCACUAUAUCAUGUUGAUUGAUUUAACUAGAAUGAAAAGGCCGACAUAUAUAACUGUUGAUGAGCGAAGUUGGCGUGCUUCAAUUCGUCAACCAGCCCAACCUGAUCUGACGAGUUUCUUUGGAGAUAUCAUGAAAAAUUAUGAGAGGAUGCAUAUGUACCCGGAUUCAGGUAAAAAUGAAAACGAAGAUACCGUUAUGCACGAAUACAUACACGAUACUUUCAAGGAAACUUUUCGGGAUUCUAAUUAUGAUACGGUUUGGGCGAAUUCCGAAAGUUUAUCAUCAAAGGAUUUCCGCUCCACCUAUGCAAAACCUUUCUCAGUCACAAGAACAAGUAAAGUUGGCGGAUAUAACCUUUACAAAGUGGCAAUCUUUUGCCAAGGUGGCAUAAACAACAUAUUAUUAUGUGAAAAUGAACCAGGAGUACAGACUUUUGGAGGGCAUAUAUGUGAAGGGUACAUAUAUUUCUGUAUGAUGGACCUGGAAUACGAUGGCAUCUAUCGUUUCUUUCAACUAUCCGAAAUCAAGCUCGCCCGAAAGCUUUCAGAAUUUAAUCUCGUGCGGAAAUUAAUAUUGGAAACGUAUUUUUUUAAGUGUCGUAUCGAUAGUUAUUACUCAAAUCGAAAUAAUUACAGUAGCUCUCUUUGUUCGAGUAGAUUUACCCGUCAUCCAACUGUAACACCUAAGGCGCCUAAAAAUUCAAUCCCGGAC